CGUUCUCUUACUUCCCGUUAUCAUCCGAAUGUAGAGGAUGUACCCCCGCCCACUUACCGGGCCCAUUUGUGGCCGGGUAAUACGAAACGGGAAGGACGCGCAUCACUGCGACGCCCUCCCGUUCCAAGUUUUCCCUCCUCCUUUGCCGUUUGCCAGGGAAUACAAAGUCCAGCUUGAAAUCAGCCAUCACCAGAGAGGCCGAACCCUCGAACACUCGGCUGAUGGUUGUGACCUGAUCAUUAUCAUUCUUUCUGGGAAGGCGUUCUUUUCCUUUUUUUUCCCCCCUCUCGCCAACUUUUGUCGCUCGCUCAUAUUCGUAGCCAUGGUUUUCUUGGUGGAACUGGCGACUGCCGCCCUCUUCGGGGCCCGCGCCGUAAACGCCGUGUACAGCAUCGCAACCACCGCCGACAUAAAAACAACAGCAGCAAACAUUGCCUGGGAUCUCAUGCAAUACUAUCAUGGCAAUGAAUCAGGACAAACACCGGGCAUCCUCCCCGGCCCGCCCCCGGCAGGAGACUACUACUGGUGGGAGGCGGGUGCCAUGUGGGGGACCUUGAUCGACUACUGGAAACUGACGGGCGACGCCUCGUAUAACGAUGUGAUUAUGCAGGCAAUGCUCUGGCAGGUUGGGCCUAACAAGGACUACAUGCCACCCAAUGUGACGGCAUCCUUGGGCAACGACGACCAAGGUUUCUGGGGCAUGUCGGCCAUGCUAGCGGCCGAAAACGGCUUUCCCAAUCCUCCAAGUGACCAAGCACAAUGGCUCGCGUUGGCCCAGGCUGUCUUCCACACGCAGGCGGGCGCGGAUCGCCACGACACUACUUGCAACGGUGGGCUUAGGUGGCAGAUUCCGUUGUCGAACAACGGUUACAACUACAAGAACAGCAUCGCGAACGGCUGCUUCUUCAACCUCGGCGCGAGACUUGCUCGUUACACUGGAAACCAGACGUAUGCCGACUGGGCCGAGAAAACCUGGGACUGGAUGAGGGCCGUCGGCUUCAUGGACGACGACUACAAUAUCUACGACGGCGCUCACGUCGAGCAUAACUGCACCGACAUCAACCGCGCUCAGUUCUCGUACAACAAUGCCGUCUUCCUGCAAGGGGCUGCCUUCAUGUACAAUUACACCGACGGGAGCGAAAUAUGGAAGCAGCGACUCGUAGGCUUGACCAACGCGACAAUCAGGCUCUUUUUCCCCGACAACAUCGCCUACGAAAUCGCCUGCGAGGAGCACAUGACGUGCACCACCGACAUGCUCAGUUUCAAGGGAUACCUUCACCGCUGGCUCGCACAGUCGACCCAAGUCGCGCCCAUCCUCGCCGACACGAUCCUUCCCGUGCUGAAGACUUCCACAGAAGCCGCCGUCUCGACGUGCACGGGCGAAGCCAACGGACGCACGUGCGGCUUCAAGUGGAGCACCAAGGCAUACGACGGGAGCCACGGGGCCGGACAGCAGAUGAACGUCCUCGCCGCCGUGUCGACGCUUCUCAUCGGACAGGCCGCGCCGCCUUACACGAAUUCCACCGGCGGGACGAGUCAAGGAGAUUAUAAUGCGGGUACCAAUUCGGACACGUUCCAGGAGAAGUCGGAUCCUCCAACGACCGGGGACAAAGCUGGGGCGGGGAUAUUGACGGUUUUGAUACUGGUGUCGGCGAUCGGGACGUUUGGGUGGAUGAGUAUAGGGGAUUAAGAGUCCACUGUCGUAAAUCAUAGACGCUGUUUCUUUCCUCCUCUUCUUCUUCGAGAACUGGUUUCGGAGGUGGGUGAGGGCUGUCUUUGUGUUGGCGUUUUAUUCCCCUGCAGUUUUGGCGUUCGACGUGGUGUUCUUUUGUUCAAGGCGACUUUCCCGUGGAGUGGCGAGGCAAUGAAUGGUUCUUGGGUAUCAGUGGUUACCGGGCCGGCAUGUUGAUGGCAGCAGGCUGAAUAAUGAAAGAUGCGUGUCUUCAGCACACCUUAUUCCAGUCACGGCCAGAUGGAGCGAAUCGCUUUGAUGAUCUUACAAUCCCCCUUAUGCCCACCCUCGUUCCA